GCCAACGGCUCUAAACGUGUAUGGAGCAACUCCCAUACGCUGAAGAUGACCCGACUACAAAUUCCCGAUGCUACCCGGGGAAGCGGCACCCGACACCCCGCCUACCGCGGUGUCCGAAAACGGAGGUGGGGAAAAUGGGUGUCUGAAAUUAGAGAGCCACGCAAGAAAUCACGCAUUUGGCUAGGCUCAUUUCCUGUGCCAGAAAUGGCAGCCAAGGCAUAUGAUGUGGCAGCGUAUUGUCUUAAAGGCCGUAAAGCGCAGCUCAAUUUUCCUGAAGAAGCCGGUGACUUGCCUAUACCGUCCACGUGCACGGCCAGGGAUAUUCAAGCAGCAGCAGCAAAGGCUGCACAUUCGGUACUGCUUCCAAUGAAAAAGAGCAGCGAAACAAACAAUGGUGGUGGCAGUGACGGUGAAGUUGCUGGUGAUGAUUUCUGGGGCGAGAUUGAAUUGCCGGAGUUGCUGCUGAGUAAUAGCGGGUACAGUUGGGAUUCUUGUGGAUGGAAUACUACUCUUGCAAGUGAUAAUUCAACGUGGCAGCCGGAUGGAGAGGGUCUACAGCCAUCCAUGGCAUGUCUUUAAUGUGCCUACGUACAUUAAUUCCAGGCAAGCAGUAAAUCUUCAUGUCCUUUUAAAGUGGCUGUGUUAAUCCUCUCCCUCUCCCUCUAUAUAUGAAAAUGUGUGUAUAUGUUUUUGUUACAACAGUUAAGUAAUUUGUUCUAAUAAACUGAAGUGGCCCCAAUAUAUAAUUGUGAGUUUACCUAUUUAUACAGCUUAUUUUCCUCAAAUUGAGAUCGUUUUGGCAUCAUACAUGUGCUGGAUGAGGUUUCUGCAGAGGUGGCUGCAGUUUUUUCCCCUCCUAAUGACGAUGCUCAUGGUGGAUGUAGAUUGUAUACUAGCUAUCAACCUCAAAGCCAAUUUACUUGAGUUUUUUAACGUGCAGUCAUCGUAUUCUCGGGGCAAUAUUUUCUCUGGUUCAAAUUCUUCGAGCAAUUUAGUGCAUUGAAACAAGCCCUUCUCAGAGCCGAAAUAUUCAUGGAAAUCACUGUUUCAUACGUUGUUUUUUCCAGAUUUAAAACUUGAAAUAAAUGGUAGAGUUCAAUUUUAA